GCGUAAACACGAACUCACGCUCACUCUCUCGCUCUCUCUCUCUCUCUCUCUCUCUCGGGCCCGCGCACAACUUCAACCAAAACAACAAUUCAUUGCGAAAUAAGCGACCCCAGCUCCGUCCACGCCUCGAGCUGCAGAGCCGAGCCGAGCAAAGCAGUGCAGGUUGUGGCACACUGGAUUGCAGAAAGAUCAGCAAAGAUCGAACGUGGUGCGAAGCAGCGAGCCAGCCUGCGACGAGACACGAGAGCCGGGAGGGUUGCAGACUUACACCUCGCGCUGCUGUUAUUUGUGCUGCUGCUGGUGCUGCUGCUGUUGUUGCUCGCAGGGACGGGAGGACGGAAGGGAAUCGGACGAGGAUGAGGACGAAGAGGAGUCUGUAUUUAUUUGUGUAAGCCUGGGAGUGUGUGGGCAGUUGGAUUUUGGGUUCACUCAGAGUUCGAGGCAGGCAGGCAGGCAGGCAGGCAGGCUCCCAGGGAAAUGUUGUCUGGUGGUGUCCGAGGACGAGCAGGAGGAUUAGAGGGACCGGGCCGAGACGUCGAGGCACGGAACGCGGCGGAGAGGUGGACGACGACGACGACGACGACAUAGUCGAGUGAGCAGAUAAACAUCGAGGACAUAUUUCGGACAUAUUCUAGGCGCUGGUGUCGUAGGAAAGUAUGCAUUGGACUUUCCAGAGGAUUGUAACGCACGAACUUGGCCGGGCCUAAAGAAGUCCGAGGUGUCCGAGGCAGAGCGGAAAUUUCAGUUUGAAUUGGAAUCACUGGCACAGGAAUGUUGGUAUGCGUGGAUUGUCGAGGCCUGUAGGACGGUGGACGUUGGCGGGUGCAGGCAGUGGAUUGUCGCAGCCCAAAAAGAAUUGGCUCGACCGAGUGUACAUUGCGUGUUUUAUUACCCGAGGAAGAAUAGCUAUGGCAGCUCAGAAGCUGUUCGGGGCAUAUCGUCAGUCUCCGUCCGUCUUUUAUACCGACGUCGACCUCGACUAGAAAUCCCUUGCCUCUGACAAUUAGCCGCUCACUCGCUCAAUUAGUCGUUACUUGCAGCGGCCAAGUCCAAAUUUUUGAAAUUGGUCGUCGGGUCGGCAAUUGGACGAUUAAGAAUCGCGGGCAAGGUGGGCUCACUGGCCAGCAGAUCUGUGUCUAUCGCCAGUCCGAGUAUAGCGUGAAAAAUUUAGGCAGUUUGGAGCUGAGGAUUGCUUUAUUGCGAAGCAGGAGAGCAGUCCAGGUUUCGUUCAUCUAUAUCGUGGGCGCGAGUUGAGUUGCAUGACAUGGCGGACCACCUUGACUCCUUCUCCAAUGGCACUCCCAACGAAUAUGUCACCGUUUGUCUGUCCGAGAUACGUAAAGAGAUGCAGUGCCCUAUAUGUCUGGGAAUCAUCCGGAAAACGCGUACCGUAAUGGAGUGUCUUCAUCGGUUCUGUAGAGAGUGUAUUGAUAAGUCAAUGCGACUUGGGAACAAUGAGUGUCCUGCUUGUCGAACACACUGUGCCAGUCGUAGAUCUUUGCGGGAUGAUCCAAAGUUUGAUUCCCUAAUUGCUGCCUUGUAUCCAGACCUCGAGAAAUAUGAAGAAGAGGAAAUGGCUCUACUUGAGGACGAAACCCGUAGAAAUAAACAGAUACAGGCUAGCAUCGCGGAAACGUUCAAGCGCCAGUCAGAAGCAGUGGCAAGGAGGCGUGUUACAGCUAAAGCCACAGCAGCUGCAAUAGUCAGGAAAGCCCAUGGAAAAUUCCGUAGCGUGCAGAGUAGGAAUAGGGGUCCAGCUCCUCCAAGAAACAGUAGGGCUCGUGGCUCAAAUUUGAACGGACCUCUUUCACCUCAGGAGGACUCAGAAAAAGAAGUGCCGCUGCCCGACUUACCCUCACAACCGCCUAGCAGCUCAGCAGAUGAGGUUUAUAAAGAACCUCCUAAAGAAUCUUUGAAAGAUGUGACAAAGGAGCCUGUCAAAGAGGCCCCAAAAGAUCGUGCAGGUUGGAGGAAACGAAGAAGACCUCGUCAUGUUGAACCUGAAAAUAGCGACGACGAACCUAUCAAUACUCAAAACUGGCCUGAAGAAGAGUCGCAUCAAGAAGAACAGAAGCUAGAAACGAAGAUCGUUGACGAUGUAUCUCCAGCAAACAAAGGAGGGGUUCCAUCUUGGGCCAGAGCUGGAGCUCGGAGUCAGACACGUUAUGGGAGUGUCAGUGUCGGCAAUAGUAAUGUCAGACACGUCAACCGGUGUGUGCGUGCUACGGCUCUUUUGGAUUAUCUAACUUCAACAGCUCGGAAGGAAGAUGAAGAUGAGUACGACAUUCAUUUGCAUUUGCAGCCUCUUACUGGAGAAUCUGACGACGAAGAUGUCCUUCCUAAUCUUGAACGGCCUUACCUUUGCUGUUCGCCAAACAUGACGGUUCACAACCUUUGCAAGCAUCUCGUGAACCGGCUAUCUCUGGCACCCGGAGGAGAACUGGAACUUCUGGUCGAGAGAAUUAGCGGACUCGUCGUAGAUCAGGUUCUACCGGCUAAAGUUGCUAAUUCGCGCCUAAACAAGUUGGCCAGGGGAAAGACAUGGGCCUCCAGACCAGAAGGAGGCAAGAUUGUGGAGGUUUUGCCAGCGAAAUACACUCUCAAGUAUAUACUGUCACACUGUUGGGACAAAAGAGGUGACUUGGAUUUACUGUAUCGACGCAAGUCAUGAAUAUGAGCCAACAACAACGAUAUAUCAAGGAGACAUCGACAGACACAUGGGGUAGCUUGACAGAGUUAGGUACGAAAUUUCCGUAUAUUGGUAUCAUGCAGGCGACUGUUGGAAAAUUCCAGGAAUGCAAGUAGAGAAUUUAGAGCGUUGGUGGAACACCCUUCUUAUAGUGGAAUCAUUGAAAGGCACUUCGAAUUAUCCGCGUAGAAGGGCACGCGGGACAAUCUUAGUUGUUGGCAGAGCUUCCCAAGGCGCUUAAUAUCAGCUUCGAUACUCUCGCGAAAGUCCCCUGGAGCCUCAUGCAAACUCAAAGAUUGGAGUGCAAGAGAUAUAAUUAGAUGCUGAGAGAACCAAUCUUAGUUACUUAUUGUUCACACAAUCCGGAUCUUAGUCUCAUAUCAUUUUAGAAGCUUUGUAGGUGACGUUAGAACUUUCUUUUAUUCUCAUGAACGGACCCAGGUUCCAGUUCAUUGUAAAUUUUCAAAGGCCUCAGCUUCCCUCUUUAGCAAUACGUUGGAGGAUGGGGUUGCCUCCUUGUACCGUAUGCAGUUUCACACACGCUCCUUGUAAACCUUGUACGGG